UAAGGUUACAUUUUACUUAAUGUUAUACAAUUUGUGUAGGAAUUUUCCACACAUCUUUGGCAUAUAAGGACCUCUAAAUAAGUAAAACAUUAACCAAAAAUCGCAUUACAUAUUAAGUUUCGGUGUCGGCCACACAAACAAAAUGGGUCCGUCCAACUCAAUUUUACAAUUUCUGAACACCAUUCCAACACCGACGAUAGUGAUUGCCAACUUGAAAAACUUAGUUGUCAGAAUUACGACAGUUUUAGCCUUGUUUAAUCACGGUUAUGAUUCCGUGGUGAAUCCCAACCCAUUGCUUCGUUCGUGUAAUAAUUAUGACUUCAUUGUUGUGGGAGGAAGUUCAGCAGGAGCAGUCGUGGCGAAUCGACUCUCAGCAAAUCCAAAUUUCACAGUCCUGCUACUGGAGGCUGGUGGUAAUCCCACCCUGUUAAAUUCAAUCCCAGCCUUGUCGUUGUACAACAUACAUCAUCCUGCCACCGACUGGCUCACGGCUUCCGAGCCAUCAACUACUUCCUGUCAAGCGUGCAAAAAUUACUCGGUCCAAAUGCCGAGGGGGAAAAUGCUGGGUGGUACGAGCAGCUUGAAUGUCAUGGCGUACAUGAGAGGAAAUCCGAAUGACUUUGACAACUGGGCGAAGCUUACCGGAGAUCUGUCCUGGUCGUAUGAAAAUGUGCUGCCAUACUUCAAAAAGUCGGAGGAUUACAGUGGAAAUUAUCCUGACCCCAAGUACCAUGGAACUGGGGGACCCUUAGCGGUCACUCCUCCACUUGAUGAACCCAUAAUAAAAGAUUGGAUGUCCGCCGCGAGAGAGUUGGGAUUCCAGAAUUCGGAUCCAAAUGCGUACCAGACAUCAACAUUUACCCCUGUCGACCGAAACACAUGUAUAGGAAGUUAGCCCGGCCCAGCCCAGAAUUUAAAUUUUUUAAUUUUUAAGCUUUCCCGCUGUCGCUGGGGAUGAUUUGACGACUGAAAUGUGUUCCCUAACACUUCUAAAUAAUUCCCUAAAAUUUUCAGCCAAAUCGGUGGCGGGAAACUUUUGAAAAAUACGAAAAUGUCGUUUUUUGCCCUGCACCCUCGAUUUUAAUGAAUUUUCAUAAUUUGUAAAGUGCGCGCGGGCGUGUUCUGAUUGCUGAAAUAUCUUCAGGGAUACUUGGAGAGUAUUUCCUGAAAGUUUCAAGAAAAUCGAACGUCGGGGACCCCUUCCAAAAUAGACAAAUGUCCUAUUUUUAUCCCCCCAAACCCUGCUUUCUCUUUUCUAAUGAAUUUUAACAAUUUCAAAAGUGCGUGUGGCCGUGUUCGGAUUUCUGAAAUAUCUUCAGGGAUAACUGACGUGUAUUUCCUCAAGGUUUCAAAAAAAUCGUACGUCAUGGACCCCUUCCAAAAUCGACGAAUGACAUUUUUAUCCUCUCUGUCCCAGCUUUCUCUUGUUUAAUUUAUUAUGACAAAAACUAUGCUAAUAAUUGUUUCCCAUUUUUUGAAAUAGUUACAUCACGGGCAAAUAACUUCAGAGCUAAGCCAUAUUUCUUUAAAAAUGAUGUUGUUAACGUAAUUUAUAUAAAUUUGUUCAAGCUGUAAUAUAUAGUAUUUUACGAUUUUGGCAGUAAUGUUAUUUGAACCCUUUACCAACAGCAACGCAAAAUUAAACAAGUGUUGCCCGAGUUGGAACUUGACAAGGUUCCCAAUGGCAACGGGUCGUCAUGUUUAGGCAAUCUAUUAAUGCUCAACUCGGGUUUUUGACUUUACAUAUGCAUGCACGUGUAUGAAAAGUACAUACGUAGUCCAUUAACGUUGUCAUGGAGACGGACUGACUUGGCUGUUUACCGUCUUGCUGUUAUAUUUAUGGUAGAUUUACAUAUAAACAGUCAUCGUAGUAUUAUGCAUGUUGUAAUAUUUCACCUACCGAAUUGGCAUUCUCUGGGUUCUGAGUGGUAAAUUUUUUAUUACCACGACAUUUCUACACGGUAAUGUUCGUUAUUGUCCUGCGGAUAGAGUCAUACUGAUAGGUAGUGCGGUGAGUAAUGAUUUAUUGGUUCUUUUUUAAUAGUGCGUUUAGGUGUGGGGCCUUAUAUUAGUCAUGUGAUCUAUUGGGAAACUAUGACCACUACCCCUUGUGUGUGACCUCUGUGGAGGGGCCUAGACCCUUGGUUUCUCCACAGUACUCGGGAAGAGAUAUAAUAACUAUUUCUCGCACGUACAAGGAUAACCACCCGGAUAUCCAAGCUCAAGAUGGAAACACUUUUUACGUAUUUUCCCAGCUUGCACGUUGAUAAUCACAUCGCUGCUAUUUUUUAUAAUUUUGAAAGUUGCUUGCCUAUAUGAAUUACUUUGCCGUGCUUCAGAAAUUAUGCCUGCGUUUAACAGAAUUAAAAUACUUAAUUAAUUUACAACUUAGAUAAAUAGUUACAUACAUACAUAGUUUAUUAUUAUCAAUAAAAUUUUCUCAUUUAUUUAAGUAUCAUUUUGUCGUGUCAAUUUUAUUUGUUUAAUAUUCUGAAUUUAAUACAUACACUAUAAAUACUAUAUAAUAUUUAGAAUUCUUUCAGAAUAACUGUAAAUUAAUAGAAGAAUUUUGGCGAAGGAAACAAAAUCACGGCAAGGAUGCCUGAGCACUAUGUAUUUAAUUUAGACAAAGCUGUAAAAUUGAAUACAAAUAAAAAGUUUGUGACGAUAUCAAAA